CUCAAGUUGUGUCUCAUCGGUGAGAGAGGCAGCCGUUCUGGAAAAGGCCUCCCCUCUUUCACGCCACGAGUGGCUGCUUCUCGUGAGUUUUAUCUCAGAAGCUUUUGCACUGUCCGCCCAGGAGCAUCUCAGCCAUGACCACCCUUCAGUUCCUCCUCUUGCUUCUGGCUCUAGAACCUCUGAAGAGCUUUAACAUUGAUACCAGCUGGAGGUGGGUCUCACCAGAAGUCUCCCCUUCCUUUGGACAUCAGGUUUUCCAACGCACAGAUGGGCGGCGGAACUGGAUUGUAGCUGCUUCCUUGGGUCCAGGCGACUUGGGCAAGCUGUAUAAAUGCAACCUGCAGGAUAACCAUUGCGAAGCAGUAAGCUUAGGUGAAAACAUUCGGAAACUGAAAAAGCUCCGGUCUGGUAUUGCUGUAGCCCAAAGCCCAGAACAUAUCCUGGCUUGUCUCCAGCACAGACGGCGCCAGCGGCGUCGAGUCACGGAGGAGCUGAACGGGCUUUGUGUGCUGCUUGCAGCUGACUUCCAGGAGAAGGCUUUUAUCAACCUCACAGACAUCAUCGAAACCAAGCUAUCAAGCCGGAGAAGUGAAAACCGGGGGAAAAGGGACACCAAUAGUCACGAAAUCAGCGUCCUCGACACCAAGUUUGGUUUGGCUGAAAGUACUGUAUGCAAAGAAAAAUAUUCUACAGAUGGAAGCUCUCAGUUUGGCUGCCAAAUUCUUGAAUCUAACAACAACAACAACAACAACAACAACAACAACAACAACAACAACAACAACAACAAAAACAGCUACUACCUGGAAGAGGAGGAAGAGGAUGAAUCCUACCUGCGGACUGAAAUCGCCUUGGUCCUGGACGGCUCCGGGAGCAUCGACCCGCCGGACUUCGAGCGAGCCAGGAAUUUCACCUACAGCUUGGUGAAGACGUCCUACGAGAAGUGUUUGGAGUGCGUCUUCGCCUUGGUUCAGUAUGGAGACGUCAUCCAGACAGAAUUCGACCUGCGAGAGGAAAGGGGCAACGGUGCGCUGGAAAAAAUUAAGGCCAUGACUCAAGUGCACAACAUGACCUGGACCGCAUCUGCCAUCCAGCAUGUCCUAGAUUCCAUCUUCAACCCAAACUAUGGGUCGCAGCAGAAUGCCUUGAAGAUCAUAGUUGUGUUGACAGAUGGGGAGAUUUUAUUGGACCCCUUGGACAUAGAAACGGUGAUCAGUUCGACCGGGAAGGCAGGCAUCACACGAUACGCCAUUGGGGUCGGGGAGGCCUUCGAGAAGCCAAAAGCUCUGCAGGAGCUCCAGCUGAUCGCCUCCGACCCGGAUGAAAAGCACCUCUUCCGCGUGACAAACUAUUCGGCCCUGGCCGUCCUCCUCUCCAUGCUCCAGGAGAAGAUCAUCGGCAUUGAAGGAACGGAAGGUGCCAUCUUGGAAUUCGAUCUGGCCCAAAGUGGCUUCAGCGUUCACCUUCUGCAUGAGCGCUAUAUACUUUUUGGUGCUGUGGGAGCGUUUGACUGGGCCGGAGGGGUUCUUCUCUACGACACGGCAGACAAGACCGUGGUUUUCUUGAAUGAGUCAAUGGGCACUCCAGGUGCAAAAAACGGCUAUUUAGGCUACAGCGUGGGCGCCAUCGACACGGCACGCGGCACUUUGGUCGUGGCGGGGGCCCCUCGACACAGCAUCAAGGGGAAAGUGAUGGUGUUCGAAGGAGACCAUUUAAAGCAGAUCCUCCACGGGGAACAGAUUGGGUCCUAUUUUGGCUCCAAGCUCUGCCUGUUGGACAUCGACCUGGAUGGGGUUACAGAUCACCUUCUGGUUGGCGCUCCAUUUUUCCAUUUGCAAGGGGAGGAAGGAAAGGUUUACCUUUAUCGCCUGGAUAGCCAGGCCAACAACUUUACACUACAGAGACAUUUACACGGCCAGACGGGGUCCCUUUUCUCCAGGUUUGGAUUUGCCAUGGCUAGCCUUGGUGACAUGGACCAGGAUGGUUUUGGAGAUGUUGCCAUUGGUGCACCCCUCGAGGACCAUGGGUUGAACCCCAGCUCUUUUGGCAGUGUUUACAUCUUCAAUGGCGGCAAGGAGGGGUUGCGGGAUUCAUUCUCCCAGAGGAUAACAGCUGCUCAAACCGGUCCGCCUGGACUCAUGUAUUUUGGAAGGUCCGUGGCUGGUGGAUUGGACUUCACUUCGGACGGUCUCCCAGACAUUAUUGUUGGAUCAUUAGGUUCUGUUACUUUGCUCCGCUCCAGGCCAAUUCUUCGACUGAAACCCACCAUGCAUUUUACCCCGGGGAGAAUAGUCCAUUUCGACGGCGUCGUUACGGCCAGAUUGUGCUUCAAUAGGGCUUCCCCUCCUGGGACCGUGCAGUCAGGGCUGCCCCACCUCCUCCUUCGCUACACUGUGGAUUUAGAUGUUCAGAUGGAAAAGAAGAGGGUACAGUUUGAGGACCAAACAGUCUCCAGCAGCAGCCACACCUCCUACAUUGGGAAUUCUUGUCCCGAACUGCAGCUCCACGUCCUGCCCUGCACUGAUGACUGUUACUCCGACAUUACUCUCCGCCUCACUUACGAGCUUCAUGACCCUGACGGGAAAGUCCUGGACCACCCCAAGCCUAUGCUUGAUAAAUGUCAGAAACCUAAAGUGGAUUUCCAGCUGCCAGUCAUGGAAGACUGUGGUGACAAGUCCGUCUGUACACCUCGCUUGAGCUUAGCUGUUGAAACUGAGAAGGAGCUGGUGGUUGGCUCCACCAAGGAACUGGCAAUGAAAAUCUAUUUGUCCAACAGUGGCGACAACUCCCACAUGACGACUCUGGUUGUGCUGUACCCUUCAAACCUCCAUUUUAAAAGCGUCCAAGAGAUUUCCUCUUCCAUUGUCGACUGUGGCGCACCUCAGCCAGUCUCUGUUUUAUUCUCAUCUCUGCGCUGCAAGGUUGGACACCCGAUCUUCAAGAAAUCUACCGCAAAUUUUUCAGUGACCUGGCAACUAGAUGGGAAAAAAUUCCCCACAGGAUCCGCUAAUUUCAUGCUUAACGUUACCAAUGCCAACAAAAACAGCACAGCCCUGAGAGAAGACCAUUCCCUGGGUGUGAAAUACUCCAUGAACGCCAUCCUCACCAGGCAGCUUCCAAAUGUCUAUGUGAGCCUGGAUGAAAGAACCUCUCCCAGCACCCAAUUCACAUUUAAUAUCACAGGGAACCAAUUUGGGGCACAGCUUGAGUUGCGGAUCUGGGUCCCUGUCAACAUAGAAAACCGCCAGAUUGCAAGCAUAAAGAACGCGGCAGGGGUGCAGAAUACCACAUUGUGCAAAACGGACCUUGAACGCACAGACUCAAAGGACAGCGAGGGAGUUGGAUACCAGCUCGUGAGUUGUACCAUCACAUCAGAGAAGGAAGACGUGGUUGUCACGGCAGAGCUACCUUUAGCUAAUUCCUUACAGGCCUUAGAAAACAGGACUGACUUGCUGGUUCGAGGGGAAAUCGUUUUUGACAGGGACCUUUACGUGGGCCUGAAUGCAGAAAAUUACAAAACACAGAUCAAGGUGAUCUUGCUAAAGGAGAAAGUGUUUGAUUUCCUCCCCUUCCUCGUUGGCAGCUCUGUGGGCGGCUUGGUGCUGCUGCUGCUAAUCAUCGCCGUUCUUUAUAAGUGUGGUUUUUUCAAAAGAAAGUACAAAAAUAGGAUUGCAGAGCAGUGCGAUUCCUGAGAACGAAGUGGAGGGAGAUUCUGGAAUGGGACGAUGGAUAACCUUUCUCAGACCAUGAGGCACAGUCAGAUUGGAACUCGGCUUCUUUUUAUUAAUGUAUUCCUUGCUGUAGGCUGAAAAUAAACCUUUUGCCCUAGUCUUGGGUUCCUGAAAACCAUUAUUAUAGUGUGGCACUUACUGUAACAACUUCAUGGUGAGUACCGGCACCUAUUUUUCUAGGAAAAAAAACAU